AUGCCGUCCCUGUUCGGGCGAAAACUUUCAUGCUUCUAUUGCCGCUGCCGGUCAGCUCAGAUUUAUACGCCCGGUUUACGACACUGGGAAUGUAGCAAAUGCAAUGCUGAGAAUUGGCUUGACGAGAAUGGAGAAAUUACAGACCCUCCCAGCAAUAUUACUUCAUCCAGUCAAACUCGCUACGCCCAACCAGAGCCCACUAUCAGCAACAACCCAUUCCUCGACCCUGUCACUCCGACAACGGAUGAGCCGCUCUUCUGUGCAACAUGCGUGAAGAAUCAGCACCUGUACACCGAGUCCCUUAAAUCUUUCUACCCAUCUCCUACCCGAGACAAUUUCGAUGAAUUUGAGCGAGCGGAAAGAGAGUAUCGCCAGGGGCUAGAGGAGCGCUACCCUCUCAUCUGCGAAGCGUGUGAGCCCCGUGUACAGCGCAAGCUAAGGAGGGUCAAUUAUGAUGCCAAAGCGGAUCACAUGGGAAAGAUUAUGCGAAGCCUUCGGGGAGCUAGACCAAAGAAUGUAAAUGGAGUCAAAGGAUGGGCCAUCUGGAUAGGAGGCUGGGCUUGGACCAUUAGCUGGUUGGUUGAUAUCCUAUGGCAUAGUCUCAACCUUCUCCCGACAGCUGAUCCAUACCUGGAAUUCGGUCAAUCGCACGGCAGUCUCACUGAAUGUAUAAAGCACACACUAGCUGCGCAUGAGGUCUUGCCGGCCUGUUUGACGAAAGCAGGUCAUGGACCGGCCUACAAUGCCCUUUUUAUGGGGCUACUAAGCGUCUGGUGGCACCCAAGGAGGAUGGAGAUGCUUGACAAACGGUACGGAACUGUUGUUGGUCUGCCCAACUACUACAAGCUCCAGGUCCUGGCUCUAGGUGCUAGGUUUGCAACUUGGUACUUUGCAACUCGGGCUGGCCAGAUGGAUUUGGACGCGCAGCGCUCGAUGCAUCUCUUUAUGAUCGUGUUCAGUCUAAUUGCAAUCACUAUCUCUUACACCGCAGUAUCGGUCGAUUAUACGCCGAAGGUCUCCUUCAAAGAAUCACCGGAACCUCUCAUCAAACGCAAGGCCAACGGCAUUCAAAACGUCUCUCAUGCCUCACUUCAACGUGGUCUCGACCCAAUCGCCCGGCCCCAACCAUUUUCAAUCGACAGCCUUGCGCCAUCGCAGCAUCAGCCUGGAGGUACGCGCCUUCCCACUCCACCACCAGAAACAGACUACGACGACACAGCAAGUAUGGAUUGGACACCCUCGAACGUUGGCCUUAUCCCCAAGGUCACAAAUCGCUAUCCAGCUCCCUUCAAAUCACAGGCAUCCUCUCAGCAAUCCAGUCCCUUCCGAGGACAUCUGCCAGCCGACGUCGUCUCACCAGCUCACCGUCUACGCAACCCUCCAAACAAACCCAGCUUCCGCGCUGCGAGCGAAGCGAAGAAAUCGCAGCUCUUUCCCGCUCGAUCACGUCCCACAGGCCAGCCACUUGACAUGUUGUCGCUCUCCCAAACGCUGGAGAAACCAGGAUUCUCUCCCAGCAACGCCUCGGAUAUGUCCGAAAUGUCACACAAAUCCGUCUUCUCGGACUUAUCUCCCACCAAAUUCUCACGGCCAAAAUUCUUCCCAAAAUCGGAGACGGAUGGUCAGACUGGAUUGGAAGCUAUCAUGGAACAAGCAUUUCGCAUUGACGAAACGCCGCGUGAAGUGAAGGAGACGCAUGAGAGGGAGGUGGUCCUUGCGCAGAGAGAACUGAGGAUGAGAAAUGCAAUUGUUGGACGCUCUGUAGUUGGUCUUUUGACUUUGAUAAUGGUCGCGGUUGGGAUAUUGGCGUAUCAGAGCCCGCCCGAGAUUGAGCUGGGAGAGAUACAAGGAAAGGUGAGGAAAGCAGUGAAGUGGUUCCUGAAUGUGUAG